AUGGGUGUUCUCUCAUUCGAUGUAACCAAAGGAUAGUUUUUCUGGGCAUCAGUGAUAUGUUUAAUAUCAUUCUUGUCUGUGACUAUAUUCGAUAACAUAUCUUAUCCUUUAUUCAUGCACCCAUAUUAUACUUACUAUACUAUAUUUGUUAAAUGUGCGAGUAAUCAGAUCUCCUACAAUCUCUUAAACAGAUCUUUAAAGAGGAACUAUUUCUUUAACUUAAUGAGAAACGUGGUGAAACCAACGCUGUUCCCACUAAUAUAUGUUGGAUAUACUGAUCCCCACAGAGUCUUAAAUCUAGCUAUUGCAGUCUUUUUGAUGACAUACUUAUUUUAACACCUUAAUUUAAGAAUAGUAUCUAGAUUUAAGUAUCUAUGGACUAUCCUACAUUUCGGAUACUUGAUGAGCAAUUCUAUUGCACUGAUAACCAUGUUUAACAGAGCUCAGAAUCACUAUAAUGGAAAUGCUAUGGCUUUUUUCUUAGCUUGGUUUGGAGAAGUUCAUUUCUCCAUUAUUGGUCAUGCCUUUGAAGACUUAGUUUUUGGUGAUCUCAACUACUUCGGAUGGUCUCUGAUCCAAGGUUUUCAUAUACCAUACCUGAUUGCCACAUUUAUAAUAUUCUUUUUACAAUUCAUGCUAUAUGGUGAAGGUCUUAAAUUUAACAGCCCUUAAAGUAUUUACGAUUUUGCAAAUGGUCAUGGACACAUCUAGAAUUAUUAAGUUGUAUCCCACAAUGAUAUUAGAGCUUAUCCAAUUUACUUUUACUCUAAUCUUGUAUUUGCUUUGUCAAUUUUACAUAGCAAUUUGAGAACAUACUAAAGAUUAAAUUCAUAUGAAAGAUCAUAAAUAAAGGUAGAGAAAAAGAUUUAAGAAUAGCCAAUAGAAAUCGAAGAAGAGACUAAGUAUAUCUAAAAAAAAUUUUCAAACAAAACAAGCCCCAAACAAAAUAGAAGAAAAAAAUAAGAACAGGUUGGUAAAAAUGAUCGAUAUCGCUCGCCAUCAGAUUAAUAAGGAUAGAUUAGGAAUAGGAAAAAGAAUAAGAACUUUUGA